AUGAAGACUACGGUGCGCAUGUUGGUGAAGGCCACAUAUUGCCCGCGCUCCACGGUGCCUCCACCCGCGCUCCAUGGUGCCUCCACCCGAGCUCCACGGUGCCUCCACCCGUGCUCCACGGUGCCUCCACCCGUGCUCCACGGUGCCUCCACCCGCGCUCCAUGGUGCCUCCACCCGCGCUCCACGGUGCCUCUACCCAUGCUCCACGGUGCCUCCACCCGCGCUCCACGGUGCCUCCACCCGCGCUCCACGGUGCCUCCACCCGCGCUCCACGGUGCCUCCACCCGUGCUCCACGGUGCCUCCACCCGCGCUCCACGGUGCCUCCACCCGCGCUCCACGGUGCCUCCACCCGCGCUCCACGGUGCCUCCACCCGCGCUCCACGGUGCCUCCACCCACGCUCCACGGUGCCUCCACCCACGCUCCACGGUGCCUCUACCCAUGCUCCACGGUGCCUCCACCCGCGCUCCACGGUGCCUCCACCCGCGCUCCACGGUGCCUCCACCCACGCUCCACGGUGCCUCCACCCGCGCUCCACGGUGCCUCCACCCGCGCUCCACGGUGCCUCCACCCGCGCUCCACGGUGCCUCCACCCACGCUCCACGGUGCCUCCACCCGCGCUCCACGGUGCCUCCACCCGCGCUCCACGGUGCCUCCACCCGCGCUCCACGGUGCCUCCACCCGCGCUCCACGGUGCCUCCACCCGCGCUCCACGGUGCCUCCACCCGCGCUCCACGGUGCCUCCACCCGCGCUCCACGGUGCCUCCACCCGCGCUCCACGGUGCCCCCACCCGCGCUCCACGGUGCCCCCACCCGCGCUCCACGGUGCCUCCACCCGCGCUCCACGGUGCCUACACCCUCGCUCCACGGUGCCUCCACCCACGCUCCACGGUGCCUCCACCCGCGCUCCACGGUGCCUCCACCCGCGCUCCACGGUGCCUCCACCCGCGCUCCACGGUGCCCCCACCCGCGCUCCAUGGUGCCUCCACCCGCGCUCCAUGGUGCCUCCACCCGCGCUCCAUGGUGCCCCCACCCGCGCUCCACGGUGCCCCCACCCGCGCUCCAUGGUGCCUCCACCCGCGCUCCAUGGUGCCCCCACCCGCGCUCCACGGUGCCCCCACCCGCGCUCCACGGUGCCCCCACCCGCGCUCCACGGUGCCCCCACCCGCGCUCCACGGUGCCCCCACCCGCGCUCCACGGUGCCUCCACCCGCGCUCCACGGUGCCUCCACCCGCGCUCCACGGUGCCCCCACCCGCGCUCCACGGUGCCCCCACCCGCGCUCCAUGGUGCCUCCACCCGCGCUCCAUGGUGCCCCCACCCGCGCUCCAUGGUGCCUCCACCCGCGCUCCAUGGUGCCUCCACCCGCGCUCCACGGUGCCUCCACCCGCGCUCCACGGUGCCUCCACCCGCGCUCCACGGUGCCUCCACCCGCGCUCCAUGGUGCCUCCACCCGCGCUCCACGGUGCCUCCACCCGCGCUCCACGGUGCCUCCACCCGCGCUCCACGGUGCCUCCACCCGCGCUCCACGGUGCCCCCACCCGCGCUCCACGUGCCUCCACCCGCGCUCCACAGUGCCUCCACCCGUGCUCCACGGUGCCUCCACCCGUGCUCCACGGUGCCUCCACCCGUGCUCCACGGUGCCUCCACCCAUGCUCCAAGGUACCUGCACCUGUGCACCACUGUACCUCCACCUACGCUACCUGCUCCCGUGCUCCACGGUGCCUCCACCCACGCUACACGGUGCCUCCACCCAUGCUCCAAGGUACCUGCACCCGUGCUCCAAGGUACCUCCACCCGUGCUCCACGGUGCCUCCACCCAUGCUACACGGUGCCUCCACCCAUGCUCCAAGGUACCUGCACCCGUGCUCCACGGUGCCUCCACCCACGCUACACGGUGCCUCCACCCAUGCUCCACUGUACCUCCACCCACGCUACCUGCUCCCGUGCUCCACGGUGCCUCCACCCGCGCUCCACGGUGCCUCCACCCGCGCUCCACGGUGCCUCCACCCCGCGCUCCACGGUGCCUCCACCCGCGCUCCACGGUGCCUCCACCCCGCGCUCCACGGUGCCUCCACCCGCGCUCCACGGUGCCUCCACCCGCGCUCCACGGUGCCUCCACCCCGCGCUCCACGGUGCCUCCACCCGCGCUCCACGGUGCCUCCACCCCGCGCUCCACGGUGCCUCCACCCGCGCUCCACGGUGCCUCCACCCCGCGCUCCACGGUGCCUCCACCCGCGCUCCACGGUGCCUCCACCCGCGCUCCACGGUGCCUCCACCCCGCGCUCCACGGUGCCUCCACCCGCGCUCCACGGUGCCUCCACCCGCGCUCCACGGUGCCUCCACCCGCGCUCCACGGUGCCUCCACCCGCGCUCCACGGUGCCUCCACCCCGCGCUCCACGGUGCCUCCACCCGCGCUCCACGGUGCCUCCACCCCGCGCUCCACGGUGCCUCCACCCGCGCUCCACGGUGCCUCCACCCGCGCUCCACGGUGCCUCCACCCGCGCUCCACGGUACCUCCACCCCGCGCUACUCUUCUCUCCUUUCUGAGAAGCUGGGAACUUAAGGUUGGCAGUUUGUAA